AUGGGAUCUGCCACUGCUGAUGUGCUUGAGUCACAGACAUACGUGAGCCGCGUGUGUGUCGGCCUACUUUUGCAGGAGCUCGUGCCGACAUCCGUGCGCGUGCUGCUGCGGCUUUCCGAAAUGAAAUCCGUGGAGAAGUCGCCAAGUGGCGAGGCCCAGACCAGAAUCGAUACCCCGCUUUCCAGCAUUGUGGGCGACAUGCCGGGAACGACGGCGGUUUUUGGCAGUGAGCUUUUGGACUCGGAAGAUGUCGUGCUCCGCGUCGAGAAAUACGGGUUUGACUUGGGCCUCCGGCUUACGGAGGUGUUGAUGUAUAAGGCGGAGACCAAGCAGAAGAUUGUGGAUAUUCUCGAGGUGAUGAAGUUCAUAUGCCGCGACGCCUGGCGGACCUUGUAUGGAAAGCAAAUGGACAACUUGCGCACCAACCACCGGGGCACGUUUGUGCUCAUUGAUAACCAGUACAAAGUCACAGCAGGCUUCAGCAGCGAGAAGGGCAAAUCUGACGCCGUGGCAAAGGCCCGCGCGUACACGUAUUUACCGUGCGGGAUCAUCCGCGGGAUUCUUCUGAGCUUUGGCGUCGAUGCCUAUGUGUCUGCAGACAUUGCGCAGUUUCCUUCGGUGGCAUUCAACAUUCAGACGACCAUCAACAAUUAG